GUUUGAGCUAAAAGAAAUCUGGCUGCCUGUUUUAUAUGUCAUUAGUUCUUCAAAUGUGGCACCACUGUUCCCACGUUAUUUACCAUCGGAAUAUAAUUAGUGCUACUAAACAAUUUUAAAUUAAAGAAUGAUAUAAUUAUUUAAUAUUUGUUCACUUAUAUUAAUAAAAUAAUUGAAAUUAUGUUUAAAUUAGUUCUCAACAGAUCAACACAAAAUGUUUAUUUUUUAAACAACAUUUAUAAGCAGUCAGUGCGCAACUUUGCAGGUGGUGUUGAAAAAGUUAAUAAAGACGUUAGCUCUUAUUCCAAAGAUACGACAAACUCCAAAAAUAUUAAUGUCACUAAAGAUGGAGAAAUUAAAUCUUCCACAGAGGAUGGAGCAACCAUAAACAGUCUUGAAGUAACACGACAUGUUUGGCAGCCUAGUCCAAGUUUAGAAAAGGGAAAGCUCCUCAGUAAUUACAAGAAGUUAUCAAAAUUCAGAUUAACAUCACUUGUGGUAAUAACAGCAAUGGGCGGAUAUGCCAUGGCUCCGGCGCCAUUUGAUCCAGCAUCGUUUUUGUUAUGUUCUUUAGGUACUGGUCUUGUUUCAGCAGCGGCAAAUUCUAUUAAUCAAUACCAUGAAGUUCCAUUCGAUUCGCAAAUGUCAAGAACGAAAAGUCGGGUGCUUGUGACAGGACAAUUGACACCGUUACAUGCGGUAGGAUUUGCUGUGGUUUCAGCCGCUUCUGGACUAAGUAUGUUGUACUUUGGAGUAAAUGGCCUUACAGCAGCCUUAGGACUUGGCAAUCUUUUCCUAUAUACAUCAAUUUACACCCCAAUGAAACGAAUGUCAAUACUGAACACAUGGGUGGGAUCUGCUGUCGGUGCUAUUCCUCCAUUAAUGGGUUGGGCAGGUUGUUGUGGUAGUCUGGAUGCGGGAGCUUGGAUAUUAGCUGGUUUGUUAUAUGCAUGGCAGUUCCCUCAUUUUAAUGCGCUAUCUUGGAACUUAAGACCAGACUAUUCGCGUGCUGGAUACCGUAUGAUGGCUGUAACAAACCCGGGCUUAUGCAGACGAACAGCUUUAAGAUAUACAUUUAUUAUCGGUGCCCUUUCUUGUAUUGCCCCAGUGUUAGAUGUAACUAAUUAUUGGUUUGCUCUGGAAACGUUACCUUUAAAUGGAUACUUUUGUUAUUUAGCUUACAAAUUUUAUCAAAAAUCAGAUAGUGGAACAUCUCGCAAACUUUUCCGUUUUUCUUUGAUCCAUUUGCCCCUACUAAUGCUAUUAUUUUUAUUAAAUAAAAAGCAGUGGUUCCUGAUGGAGAAAUCGGAUAAAAAUUCACAAGGUGAUGCGAGUUCAAUAGAAAGUACAAAGGAAACCAUAGUGGAACAAAGUGUUAAAAGCGGUUUAAAACUUAAAAGUUUAAGCAAAUUUUUACCUUUAGAAUCGUAGAAAUACGAAAUUGUGUUCGGCACGAAUAGGUUUAACAAUAAGAUUCGUAUGUAAAUAAAAUACGAUUAUGUUGCAAGACAAAACAAAAAAAA